AUGAUCCCCCUCAUCCUGAUUAUUAUCGGGGUGUCCGGGGUGUAUGGAGACAGUCACUCUAUGCGGUAUUAUGCCACUGGAGUCUCCUCUCCGGGAUCCGGGCUCCCUGUGUACUCUGAAGUCGGAUAUGUGGAUGAUAAGGAGAUAGAGAAUUAUAACAGCGACACUCGGCAGCAUCUUCCCAAGACUGAAUGGAUGAAGAAACUGGAACCUGACUACUGGGAGAGAGAGACACAAAGGAAUUGGGGCAAUGAGGCUGUGUUUAAGAACGGUUUACAGAUAUUGAUGAGCCGAUUCAACCAGACUGGAGGUGAGACAAUUCUUACA